CUUAAUAUCUUUUUGUAUUUGACAAAGUUCCGACGGGUUUAUUGGCAUUGCAAGGACAAGACCAGCCUGGUCAAUUAAUACGUAAAAGUAUGAAAAAUCUCAAGGUCUCCACCAAGUACUUGCAAGUCAGCAAGGAGUUUACCACUGGUGAGUCAUUUGUGUUUGUCCAAGAAGAUGGGGAAAGAUCAAUCAUCAUGGCAACUGGUGCAACAAGCAUCUUAAACGACAAAAUUGCCAAGCAAUACUUUGAGAAUCCAAUCAUGAAUGAUUGUCAAAUGUUAACGACUGAAAUAUCCCAAGUUCCGUUAUCCGGAGUCCUUGCUGUUUUAAAAACCGCAAAAGCGGCUGGUGUUCUGACAGUCCUUGAUUUGGAUGUUUCUCCUUCAGUCGCAAUUAACGAAGCUCGAUUAGGAAGCAUUGAUGAGCUGAAAGAAUGUGUCAAAACGGCGGAUAUUUUAAAACCAGCAAAACACGCUGCUCGAGAGAUGCUCCCAUACCUCGACCCAAAAGCGAGGGUUGGAAACAUGGUGGAAUUAGCGGAAAUGAUGAGAGAAAAGUGCGGAUCAAAAUUAAUCGCAAUUACGUGUGGAAAAGACUCCUCUAUCUUGGCAACAGAAAAUCACCUAGUUGAGGUUCCAACGGUGCCUGUUUCAAGUGUUCUAGACGCGACAGGUGCUGGAGACGCAUUCCUUGGAGGACUGGUUUCAGGUUUAUACUACAAUGGAUUGCCAACGGAUGAAGAUAGUUUGCGGAAACUUGGUAAUAUUGCGAAUGUCGUUGGUGGUGCAUGUUGCGAGGUUCUUGGUGGCUUACCAACAGAGGAAUCAUGCUUAAAACUCGAGAAGGGUUUAGAAGGACUGUUAGAGAUAAAAAUCUCAAAGACUGAUGAAAGGUCUGUUGAAAGCUCUGUUAAAAGCUCACCAGGUUUUCAGGAAAGCUUGAAACUUGAUGCGGAUUGUGUCUCAGCAAUUUCAAGUUCACUCGAAACCAUUGCUGUGGAUGAAUUUAUCAAUAUUCUGGAGAACUGUUCAGGGCGAGUUCUUGUUUCUGGCAUUGGGAAGUCUGGUAUCGUGGCGCGUCGUAUGUCUGCCUCGCUGGCUUCCACGGGAAUACCGUCGCAUUUUAUCCACGCUGCGGAAUGGACGCACGGUGAUCUGGGUAAUGCCUUACCAGAAGACGUUGCGGUGUUUUUGUCACACAGUGGACACACCAAGGAAUGUCUGGAGGUUGCAAGACACCUUAAGAAAAGAAAUGUUCCUGUUUUAACCAUCGUUGGAAAAAAUGACUGUCUUCUCCAAGAAUUCAGCGAUGUGUCACUCUCUUACGAUUCUGGAUGUGACAUCAAAGAGACAUUGUCCGUUGUUCCAUCUAGGUCUAUUAUACUUCAAGAAAUGUUGAUAAAUGGAGUGGUUAGCGAGCUAAUAAAACGUCGCGAAUUUGAUUUAAAAGACUUUGCAAAAUCACAUCCAGGCGGUUCUCUUGGGAGACAAUUAUCUGAAUAAAUAAAUCAUUGAAAAACAUUAUUCGCAUUAGAAAAUGCAUUAUUUGUAC